UAACAAGUAGCGUUGCCGGGUUGCUACCCUAGGCUACUGGGGCCUGUGGGAGUCGAAGGAGCAUCCAAGAAAUCCAGGACAUCCAGGACAGGCAGGUGAAAGCAUGGCCGGAAUUGUUGAGCGUUGCAGGAACCACGGUAGUGUUGCUAGCGCCCAAUGUCGUGAUGUCCAAGCGCGAUUGCGUCGGGAUGAUUUUAUUGCUAGGUAUGGAUUCGGUAGAGUACGGAGGAAUAAUAAUAAUAUUACUUGUAACACAGUAAUCUGUGGGCUCGGCAUCCGAUCCUUCUUGUACAGAGCGUGCCAGGACAUUCACCGUCAUGACCAGGGUGAGAUGGGCGUGCUCACGGCUACGCUUGUUGUACUCCGUACUGUCAGAGAGUCCAUCUACUGUACCCCGAAGAAUGGGACAAUAAUGGCGAGUCGCAGCCCUUGCCAGCCUAGGAGAUUGGAACAUUCACCCUCUUCUGUCUCAUUAUUUGUUUUAGUACUCCCUCCCUAUUCAACCCCAAAAGCCAGGAAGCAACCCCUGGACCACACUCGACAUUUACGACUUCUUGCGCCUGGACACAACCCUAGGACUGGCUUAUCAUUACCAACGUCCAACCCACUUGGCCUCAGCGAGUGCAGCGACGAAUUAUGAUCCAUUAGUAGAUCAAUUGCUAUGCAUAUCGCCACAAGCCAUCCAUCACCACUGAUCCACCUUCCCACUUCAAAGGAAGACGUCGACUCUGGCCUUCUUCCUCUCUUGCACAUCAUUCAUUCCCUCCUCACCGUCCCAUCCUGAUGACGCCCGCAGCCACCAACUUCUGUAUCUUCUGCCUGAUGUGCGCAUUCUUCAGAUGCUCCUGCAGUGCAGCCGGAUUCUCCUUCGCCUGCUGCAGGAUACUCUGCAUGACGGGAUCCUGCAGGAUACCCACAAUCUGUGCUUUUGGUUAGCCCUUCUCAUUCAUCAUCUCAUCCAUCCCUUCAGCCAUCGCGCCCGGGAAGAG